UGACAAAAUUCAUGGCCUGGGGGAGGGCUUAGUCAUUUGACCAUGAUCACCACUAUAUAUAAUCACCCUAACCCAAACCCUUAAUCCACAUCACAGAGCAAUUAAUAACCUUUCUCAUUGAUUUCUGGCAUUGUAGUUCUUGUGCUUUCUCAAGUCACAUAUAAUGCUUUACCACCACGAUGGCUUACCACCACCACCAUGACCGCCAUCACCACCACAAUAAAGAUGAGGAAAAACCUGUUGAUUAUAAGAAGGAAGAGAAGCACCACAAGCAUCGCGAGCACCUAGGUCAGCUUGGUGCUGUUGCUGCUGGAGCUUAUGCCUUGCAUGAAAAGCAGAAGGCAAAGAAAGAUCCAGAACAUGCCCACAAGCACAAGAUAAAGGAGGAGAUUGCAGCAGCAGUUGCAGUAGGAGCCGGUGGGUACGCGUUCCAUGAGCAUCAUAAGAAGAAAGAAGCAAAGAAAGAUCCAGAGCAUGCCCACAAGCACAAGAUAAAGGAGGAGAUUGCAGCAGCAGUUGCAGUAGGAGCCGGUGGGUACGCGUUCCAUGAGCAUCAUAAGAAGAAAGAAGCAAAGAAAGAAAAGAAGGCUCAUGGAAAGAAGAACCACCAUCUCUUUUAAGAGUCUAUAAAAUAUUUAUAUAUGUUUUGUAUUAUUCAGAAUAUUUGAGACAUGUUAAUCGUCAAUAAGCGACUACCCCAAAUAAUAUUAUUAGGAAUAAAUAAUGAGUUUAUGAAUCUCUUCUAGAUGGGGUAUAUUCUUUUCAAAGUAGAUUUUAUCUAGUACUCUUGCUAUGUGAAAUUUUACAGUGUCAAUGUUCAGAAUAUAAUAUUGUAAUCGGGGAACUUUUCCUUAUUUAUUUAUUUUUAUAUAAUUGAAAGAUCUUUCUAUA